AUGUCUUCAGCCCAACUUGGCAUCGUGGUCAGGACACAUGAACAAAUCGCGCAAUGGCAAAAUGCUCCAGCACCACAUAUUGUCGAACAAAUUGGACGCCAAACAUCGGAUAAUAAGUAUGGUGAAUGGGUGAGCAAAGAUAGUGUAGUAGCCAUUACCUACGCACAGCUAACAAAAAUCAUUGGCAAACAACUUGGUGACUCCGGUAGAUAUGCAGCUAAUCCCAAGGUCUUGGCUUAUGUUGGCACAAACGACGUCCACUACUCAGCUCAAGUUCUUGCUGCAGCCAAAGUGGCUACACAGUUCACUUUGGUUACUUCAAAUCUCAUCCCACUCUCUGCCAAUGUUACCCUUGAUGCUGUAAGCCGAUUGCGUCACUUCAUGGUGCCAUCGGUAGCUCUACUCACUACCUAUUGUGACUAA